AAACCUCGUUCUUCCUAUUUCACCACAAUAACUGUGGUAAGAAACAAAGGCUAUGUAGUGCACUAGAUGUAGCAGAGAGAGCGGAUUGGGAUGCGGCCUGUUGCCGAGUGCCCGGUUCAGUGCCCGGCAGGUGGCUGGUCAGAUCCGGGCGGUGUUCAGAGAGGAGGGGCUGGACAGGGCUAGACUGGGCUCAUCCGGCUAACUUAGCUUCUUCGGAGAUGCGCCGCGACAGCGGUUCACAUGUCCAGAGCAGUCUGAGGGGUGAGUAACAGUUGGUCCAGAGGUCAGAAGAGGUCACAGGCAGCACGGCUCUGAAUGUCCGUGACAGCUUCAUGGGCCUGAAGGACCAUCUGGAUGAUGGAGCAGGCCACAUCCUCGACCUGGGGCUGGAUCUGGACUACCUGCAUGUGAAGGCUGGAGACCGGCAGGCCGGUGCAGAUGCCCUUUGCAGAAUGGACAGGGGCUUAUUGGACACCAACGAGGAAGGAGCGCCCAGCUCUGGGAGAUGUCUUUCUUCGUCCCGGGGUGAUUCAGAAGACAGCUGUGGAUCUGAUGGUGAGGUGGAGCAGAGCUGUACUCUUGCUCCAAGCGAUGGAUCCGCUCGAGCUGUGCAUCCGCCUCUUUGCCGCUCUCCAUGUCUGGAUCUGGACUCCCCAGGGCUGCCGGAAGUGACACAGGAUAACCCAAACACUGAAAAUUCUCUAAGGGAGUACCAGACCAAGUUGGAGUUUGCUCUGAAGCUGGGUUAUGCUGAGGACUUGGUCCGAUUGGUGUUAAGCAAGCUUGGGUCAGAUGCGCUGAUCAACGACAUCCUAGGGGAGUUGGUGAAGCUUGGCAGCAAGUCAGACAGCGACAGUAGUGCGGCGACCUCAUCCACUUCCACUACUUCAUCUUUAGCGUCUUCCGGGUCAUUGUCUUCUUCAGCGUGUAGCUUCUCAGACUCUACCGAUUCACGACGCUCCGAGUCACCGUCACAGUCAAUCCUGGAUGACAAGGAUAACCUUCGCCCCAUAGUUGUGGAUGGAAGCAAUGUAGCCAUGAGCCAUGGCAACAAGGAGGUAUUUUCCUGCCAAGGUAUACAGCUUGCAGUGGACUGGUUCCUUGAACGUGGCCACAAAGACAUUACAGUGUUUGUACCAGCUUGGAGGAAAGAGCAGUCCCGACCUGACGCUCUCAUCACAGAUCAAGAGAUCCUGAGACGUCUGGAGAAGGACAAAAUCCUGGUAUUCACACCUUCUCGGCGCGUCCAGGGGCGUAGGGUGGUGUGUUAUGAUGACCGGUUCAUCGUCAAGUUGGCUUACGAAUCAGACGGCAUCAUCGUCUCCAAUGACAACUACAGGGAUUUGGCCGUGGAAAAACCAGAAUGGAAGAAGUUUAUCGAUGAACGACUUCUCAUGUACUCCUUUGUCAACGAUAAGUUCAUGCCUCCUGAUGAUCCCCUUGGUCGCCACGGUCCUAGCCUUGAGAACUUCUUGAGAAAAAGGCCCAUCAUCCCAGAACACAAAAAACAGCCGUGUCCAUAUGGAAAGAAGUGCACUUAUGGUCACAAGUGCAAGUUCUACCACCCAGAGCGUGGCACCCAGCCCCAGCGUGCUGUAGCCGAUGAGCUUCGUGCUAGUGCCAAGACCUCUGCAGCUAAAGGCACAAAUGAGUCUGGUCUAGUGAAAAGUCACAGUGUUCCUGGAGGCUCUCGCAAUGAUAAAGCCAGCGAUGGAAAACGUUCACACUCGAAGCGACAGUCAGACUCCAGUGUCCGCACCCUUUCUUACGGUGAUGUUGAGGACAAGCUGAGCGCCAAAACCAAAGCAGACCCCCAGAACAGCAGCUUGACACUACCCCCUGCACCAGGUGGCCCCCCUUCCUGCAACACUCACACACAAGAUCAGAGAGAGCAACUGACAUGCUUUUCCAAAAGCCAUGCAGUGCCAGCUUUCCCUCAAACAGACUCCUACCCCACCUGUGAGUCUCCGGACCUCAGCUACUAUUCCCUUGUCCGUGGCUACUCUGGCCUCAGCUUGUCCUCCCAAAGGAGUCCAGAGCGGCCUUUCCUGUCUGACAUGGAUACACGGCUCAGUUCCGUGGCAUCUGACUGCAGCAGUGAGGGCAGCGCCAGCUCUGAUUCGUAUGGCACGGUGCCUCCUGGCGAGCGGUCCUGUAUGAGCUCACCUGACUCACUGUUGGAUGAUGGGCUCAAGUGUCAUCAUUACCACCACCUGCAUCACCACCGCAGGCAGUACCCGAUGCCCAUGGUCCUGAACCCACCACCCCACCACCACCAGAGCCGUGUGCUUUCACCAGUACCUUCGAAUCACCCCGGAUACCAUCACGGGAUGGCCCGCGGACACAGCUUCACUCAAGACGACCAGCCUCCGGAGUCCCACUUUAAGCACUCAGUGUCCUACAUUGGCCAACAAGUCCAACACCAGAUGAUUGGUGCCAGAUCAAGUUGCCCUGGGGAGUACCCUCCACAGAGUUCCCCACUGCGUCGAGGCCUAGCAUCCACACGACUCGACAGUGUGUCUGACUCCAGGCUCUAUGAGCGCUCACCUCUUUUGGCCAGGAAACCCUUCCAAGACCAGGACAGGAUGGCCAGCUGGGAGCCAUACUAUCAGCAACCCUGUUAUGAGCCCUUCACGUUUCAGAGCCUUCCAGAAAACAGGCAGCAAGCAUGGCGGGUACCUUGGGGACAAUCUCCUCUUCAUCCUUCUCCUCCUCAUCCAUCCCAUACUCCCCACCAGAACCAGGAACCACCUGCCCUCGGUCGCUACCAGGAAUUGCGGGAAAAAGUGUUCAUCAACCUGUGUAACAUCUUCCCCACAGAGCUUGUGCGCCUGGUCAUGGGCCGAUAUCCACACAUUACCGAUGCCCAGCAGCUAGCAGCUGCCAUCUUGGCUGAAAAGAGCCAGACUGGAUACUAAUAACCCUUACAAACAGUUGGAACUGUAGCAGAUAUAUUGAGUUUAGUUAACUUGUGCAUUUCUUGAGGAUCACAGAGGCGUCUACUAGGUUUAGUCCAGGCCUCGAUAGGUCAUACAGUGCUUCCGUUUGGAGGUUUUAUAAGGUUUUGAUGGAAACCUGUAAACACGGUUGUAGUGAGGAGUCAUCAUCAUACUCAUAUCUGGGUUUCUUACGUAACUCAGUUUGUCAAGUCUGUCAAGUUGAGUUUUUUCAGCAGUGGAGCCAUAACUGCAAGUAGCAAUUUCUCUACCUGAAGUGUGAAUGUGGAAACGAGUGUGACAUUAUUUAUUUUAAGUAUAUAUAUUUCCAGUAAAAUUUUGCUUUAUGUUGAUAGUUUGGUUCAGGUGAGCAUGUACUGAUUCACAAGGCACUUUUACAUUGCUGUUUAUCAAAUGUAAAGUUUUAUAACUUAUGUCAAUCAAACAAGAACUGAUGGAAGGCCAGAUGAUUUGUAGGCGUGAACAGCGUACUGCUGUUAGGUUGUUGUUGCUGAUGCAGAAAUUGGGCUUGCAUGGAAAAAUAAGAACAGACCAAAUAAAGAACAAGCAAAGGGCAGGACCCUGUCUGCUUUUUCUUGUGACAAGGAAAAACAGUUUGCUCCCUUAACAAAAAAAAAAGGUAUAUAAAUUUACUAUAAAUUUUUAUUUAAAGUCAGUUUACGUACAUUCCCUCAGUAUCUGGCCUUUCACGAUCCUUGUGAUAUAAUGCCUACUCUCACUUGAAAUGUUUUUUUUUUUGUUUGUUUGUUUGUUUUGUUUUUAUUUAGAGUCUCAAAAUUGCUUUCCCCAUUACCAAUUUCUGAAUCAUGAAUCAUUGGGUGUUUGGGGGAAGCGAUUGCGAUAGAGGAACUCACUGAGUAUUAUUUUAGUGGCAUAGUUGUGUUAAAUUAUGAUCAUUUUAUUUCUUAUAGCUUUGCCUUUUUUUCUUUUUCCGUUUUUGUUUCAGAGAGACACGUGUGCUCGUCUGUAUGUCUGGGAACUUGGGUGGAAAUUCAUCAUAAUCAUCAUAAUCACCAGUGUUAUUAGAUACACUGGCAAAGUUUCCCAAAAAGGAAGUGGUUUUUACAAAUGGAGACGUUCACUCAGCACUUUUUUGGGAAACUUUCGCCACGGUCCAUAGCCGGUGUAGUGUAGGUGAGACGGACGCCACCUGUCUGUCUUUGUACCUUAGUUUUAGUAAGGGAUGUCUCUGGUUUUCACGUACUGGGUGCAUGCUACCGUCACUGGACAUCUUCAUCCUGGUGCUGUACAAGCAAACCCGAUUCGGGGUGAGAAGCUUUUGCGAGUCGCGUGUUCGGGAACUUCCAGUGAGACGUUCGUAUCCGUUACUGACGUAACCUGUGUUAGCCAGAGAAUACCUGUCCUCGUUGAUACAAAUUGUAUCUUUCUUUUUUUUUUUAACUUAAAAAAAAAAAAACAACAGAGACAUUUAUAUACAUAUUAAAUCUAUGGAUAAAAUAUAUUCACACAGUUAUGUACAAUAUGUAGUACUUGUGUAAUUUAAGAUAUUUUUGGCAACAUUUUAUCAUUACUUCAAGGAAAACGGUUGAAGCGUUUCCUUCUUUUUUUUUCAAUUUUUUUUUUGUGGGCUAAAAAGAGCAUCAAAUGCAUCUUUUAAAAAGGAUGGAGGGUAUUACCGUGACAAAGAUAUUUGCUAUUUUAUUUAUUUAUUUUCUUUGGAAGCAAAAAGGGUUAUUUAUGGUCUGUAUCUUGAAAUAAAAAGUGGGUUCUGGGGUAUAAAGUUGGAUUUUACAGUUUUAUGAGGCAAAAUGAGUGAUAUGUAUUAUUAGGUUUUAAGAAUUUUUCUGUCUAUUUUUUUCACUGCUUUUCCAAAAGCUUUACCAGCGUAAUGAUUGUGUUUCUAUGGAAAAGUGAGCAGAAGCUUGCUGAACCAUAUGGUUGGUUAUUAUGCUGUGAUGCUCCUGGAAGAGUUCUUAAUUAAAAUUGUACAUUUUCUGGAUUUACCUGUGGAAAAAAGUUCACACAGACUUCCUGUUUUACCUGAAAUUAUUAUCCGAUGCAUUUAGAGAGGGCUGGGCUCUUUGGGGGUAAAAUGCUGCCUGAAAUAUUUGUUAGGAGCACCUUUGUUUUGAAAAAGAAGAGCCUUCCCUCGAGCCAGGUGGCACCAUGUGCCAUCGUUGGUGGUGGCGUGGGCAUAGAGUAAAUGCCUCUACACGGCAUUGUGCUUAAGACACAUCUGAAUAAUCUGAACCAUGUUCAGCUUACGAGUUUUCAGGGCCGGCCUUUCUGCAGGACGUCCUUAAUUACGGGCGUCUUCAGGGAAGCGGCACCGGUUUUCAUAUAAAUAUAUAUCUAUAAAGUUGUUUUUCAUUGUGCUGUGCUGUAUUAGAGCUUCAGUGGACUUGCUGUGAGUUAACAUUGCCGUACCGAUGUCACACCCUCCUCCUGCAUCAAGUCUCUCACAGCUUUGCUAAACCGCCUCGUGGUGGAAAUGUAAAUAGGCUAAUUACUGAACCUGUUACCGUGACGCGCAUCCUGAUCUGCAGAACGACGCACACAGGGAGACGACUGCUGAACACACUUCCACUGAAGACGUACCGGAAGGUUCAGUAGUUACUCCUUGAUGAAAUGUAGGCUUUACGCACAAGGACCAAAGUGAACAGUGAAUUAUUCAGUGGUAGGAUUCAGACCUGAUGAUGAUGAUGAUGAUGUUGGUCAAACGCAAGAUAGACUUUCUGACUUUUUUUUUU